CUACAUCGAUUGUACAAGUUUGAUCUAUUGUGAAGCAAAUUUUCUUGAUAGAGUGCAAUUAUGAUAAAAAAGGAAAAUUUUGAAGCGAACUAAUGAGGCACCAGAUUUCCUGGUUUUCCAUUGCUUUGUAAGUUGUUCCGGUUCACGAAGAAAUCAAAUCGCGUCAUAGGAAAAAAGGAAAAGCAGCAAAGCAUCUUGACAGAUGCGCAUUGUUCGCGGUGCGCAUCAUCUUGGAUGUGCGAAGAAGCAGCUGCGACAAGCAACAGCAACGAGAAAGAACAGCGGCGUGAAAAACGUGCGUGUAGUGUGUGGUCGUAAAAUUUUUCGCUACUCUCCGAGCAGCAGAACGUUCCGGAUGUAUUCUGCACGGGUCAGGGCGGAAGCAGUAGCAGAUACGGUCAACGGAGCCGCAGAGGAGGCACGGCGGCGGUGCUCGGCAGCUUUUUGAUUCUGUGACAGCUUCUCGUUUUGCUUCGACAUUAGUCUGCUUUAGUUGCCUCCCGAAGUUCCGGUGUUGAAACCAAUCAUUCUAUCGGUGGUUGAAAGUUUGCUCUCUGCGCCGUACCGUGCAUCGUUGUGUUCCCGGGUCGCUUCGAACUCGCCACUACCCAUCGUAGGGGAUAGUGCAUUUAAAUUAACUGGCCUGACCAUUUCUUCCGUGUGGCGACUGUGCACGGUACAAGAAAGCUGAUGCGCCGAACAGAAGCAUCACCUAGCAAUUGCAUAAGCGAAGACAACGCAGGUUCUUUGUGCAUGGGUUCGGUGCGCUCGUUGCAGUAAUCCCAGUGGCGAAUAUUAUUAUUGUUCCGAAGAACGGAGUGCUGUCAUACGGAGUUGCAGAAAAAUUGGGAAACGGUGCGAGUGCGCGAAAGAAAGUAAUAGGCGAAGAAAAGAAGGGGAGGAAGAAGACGUCGGCAAGACAAAAACAAUAGUGCUCGAGACUAAAAGAGAUAGAAGACUGACUGAAGAGCAGAGGCGCGAGAAGAGCGCGUAUUAAGAUUCGGUGUGGCGUGCAGUUGGCGUGUGCGCGCGUGUGCUAGAACAGGCGAGAACAAUAAUACGGUAACCCGUUGGAAAGCAACGGUGGGGUUGUGCGUGUGUGUGCUGCGGACAGUGUUUUGGAGUAGCAAGUGAGAAGAUUCCGGAAGAGGCGGGCGUUACAGCAAAAAAAGCAAUGAACAUAAAACCCGAUACGAACCGACACGUACUGACGAUACAGGCGAAGAAGAAACGUCAUAAGACGGCGAAAAAGAAGGCGAAACAGCAGGCGACGGCAGCAGUGGCGGCGGCGGCGGCGGCGCAAGCAGCGGCGCAGAACAGCAAUAGUUACAGGAGCGGCCAGAAUCACCAGUCGCCUGCAACGGCGGCAUCCAUUGGUGGUGGUGCCUUCGUGGGCGGCGGGUCAGAACUCCACGAGGACGACGACGACCAUGACGAUAUGAUCCUGGGCACGACGUCGGGUGGCGCGGUGGUGGUCAGUGGUGUUGGUGGUAGUGUUGCGAUGAACGACAGUCAGCAUUCGGUGUCGGCCGUGGCGUCGGAUUCGGUACGCCGAGGCUCAAAAUCAGCAGUGCAUACGGUGGCAGCGCUGGACGCGACCACAAGCUCAUCGAACGAGACGAUCGAGCAGGACCGGGACGGGGACCGUGAUGCCGAUGGGUACACGAGCGAGGAGGAGGAACAGGAGUGCCGCGAAGACUACUGCCGGGGUGGUUAUCAUCCGGUGAAGCUGGGCGAUCUAUUUUUGCAGCGCUACCAUGUGAUCCGGAAGCUUGGCUGGGGUCACUUUUCGACCGUGUGGCUUAGCUGGGAUCUCGAGGAGAAGCGAUACGUGGCGCUAAAGAUAGUCAAAUCGGCACAGCACUUUAGUGAGACGGCGAAGGACGAAAUACACAUUCUCAAGACGAUCCUGGACGCCGAUCCGACCGAUACGAAGCGCAACAAGGUGGUGCAGCUGCUGAACGACUUCCGGAUAACGGGCGUGAACGGCACGCACAUCUGCAUGGUGUUCGAAGUGCUCGGGCACAAUCUGCUGAAGCUCAUCAUGAAAUCAAACUAUCGCGGCAUCCCUCUGGCGAACGUGAAGUCCAUCAUCCGGCAGGUGCUCGAGGGGUUGGACUAUCUACACACGAAGUGCAAGAUCAUACAUACGGAUAUUAAGCCGGAAAAUGUGCUGGUGUGUGUGAACGAAAGUUACGUGCGUAAAUUGGCCUGCGAGGCUACGGAGAUGCACGCAAUGGGCUGCAAGCUACCGAUUUCGCUCAUCUCUGCCGCGCCACCCCAGUACCAGGAGCAACCGAUGAACCAGAAUAUGAGCAAAGCGAAGAAAAAGAAGAUGAAGCGAAAGGCGAAGAUGCAGUCGGAGCUAAUUCGGCAGCAAAUGGAACACAUUCAGCAGCUGGAGUUUGGCAGUACCGGCGGAAUGUCGUCUUCUACGUUGGGGCUGCUGGAGAACGGAACUGAUGGAACAGAGUCCGGCAAAAUGGCACCGACCGUUGAUGGAACUGUUGACGAUGACGGUAGUGCGGGAAUGAAGAGUGUUCGGAGCGUAACGACACAUGGCAGUACCUCUACAAUCGCUAUGAGUACUACAACGACAACAGCCGACGGAACGACGACCCUGAAUUCGCCGCUAGAAAGGAAGGAGGCAACUGAAACGCGACGGUUGCUAGUGAACGGUACCGCCGGUUGUGUGAGUAGUGGCAGCAAGGAAAGUGGCGGUGAAGCUGGUACACCAUCGUCCGGGGAAGAAGAUCGACCAACCCUGACGCCGUGCGCAUCGACGCUUUCCAGUCCAUCGAGUAGCGAGGCAACUUCUUCGAACAACAAUGAUGAUAUCGCCAGUGACCGGAAAUCGCCCGCCAAAAGCGGCGAUACGUUGGAGAAAGAAACGGACUGUGACCGGGAGCAGCACGAUCCGAAAUCGCCGGACAAACCUUCCUCCUCGUCGUUGCACUCGGCUACAUCAGCAUCGAAGCUCGACAUCAGCGAAUCGGUGCGCAAAAUACUGUCGUCGGUGCAAGAAAGCAAAGAUCCGGCCUUUGAAGUGUGUGACAUUGAUGUGAAGAUUGCAGAUCUCGGUAAUGCGUGCUGGGUCGAUAAGCAUUUCACGGACGACAUUCAGACGCGCCAGUACCGCUCGCUGGAAGUCAUCAUCGGUGCCGGGUUCGACACGUCGGCGGAUAUAUGGAGUACCGCUUGCAUGGCGUUCGAGCUGGCAACCGGUGACUAUCUGUUUGAACCGUUCUCCGGCAAAGAUUAUUGCCGGGACGAUGACCACAUUGCGCACAUUAUCGAGCUGUUGGGACCAAUCCCCAAACGUAUUGCCCUGUCGGGCAAGAACUCGAGCCAUGCCUUCAACUCAAAGGGCUUGCUAAAAAACAUCUCCGGCCUGAAGCCCUGGGGAUUGGUGGAUGUGCUGAUAGAGAAGUACGAAUGGCCGGAAGAAGAUGCGUUCGAGUUUAGUGAUUUCCUCAAACCGAUGCUAGAUUACGAUCCACGUACGCGUGCUACAGCCGCCGACUGUCUUCGUCAUUCGUGGCUGAAUCACUGAGCCCCGACCAUCGUGACGAGCAAUCGUGUCUGUGCAUGUGCAAGCAAGAUGCACCUCAAUAAACACCCAGAGAUCAGUACAGUGCAGGGGUAAUGUGUGUUGUGAAAAGUGCACAUUAUGUGUGGAGUGCAAGAGCUUUUUCGUGCGUAUGGAUAUUAGUUUGCUAAACGGCCGGCGUCCAACAUGAUUUAUAUUGUGUAAAAAGGAAAAUUGUAUGAGCGUUUGGUGCAGAUGUGAUGCGCGUUUAUGUGUGUGUGUGAGUGUGCGUUGUUAUGGCAAUUCUGCGACAAGGAAUAGCAAAUGGUGCAGUGCAGGAUGCAGUUAUAGACGCGCGGUGUGCUUAGUGAAAACAGCAGGAAGCAGGAAAGCGAAAUUGUUAAGCAAACGUAGGAAGAGUGAUAGUAAUAAAAGCAAAUGAAAACAAAUCGAAAGUGUAGAUGAAAUGAGAUGCUCAAAACACGUUGUGGUGUAGUAAGUGCUUGUUGCCAAAAGUGUUCGACUGGAAUGCAAAAAGCCACAAACACACACAAAAGCAGUGUAACAUACGGUGGUCAUAACAUUAUUGCAUACUGUUUCCAGCAGAGAAUAGCAAAAGCGAAGAACAACCGACACUAGCAGCAUACAACAGGCAGAAGUAGCAGACUGAUGCAUCUCUCUCUGUUUCGGCACUCAUAUUCUUCGUUACCACGUCAGAAAAUCACUUUAAUUCGUCAGCAGAAACAAUCGAAUGGAACAAUCGGUUGGUGUUUCUGUUAAAGUGUGGCCGCAAUGAUUGCUAACGGUGGUGAUUAUGGUGGCAUGGUUGCGCAGAAGAAAAUUACUCCGCAGCGCGCUCUUUGCACAGCUGCAGCCCGUUGUAAUAGUGUGUGAAUCGUUUUUAUAGUGGGUAUAUGUAGCAGAAAUAUGUAACAUAGAGGCGGAGACCGAAAUUCUUAAUGAAGUUUGUGUAGGAAUAAUAUCCCAAUAUCCCCGCAUCAAACGAUCAGCUUUACAAAUUAGAACAAUAGAUGGAAAAUAAGGAAAAUCUAAAACAUCAAUGUGCCGUGUGUGCCCUCGUUAGCAAACUAGAAGCGGAAUUGGAACAAAUGAAAUGUGAAUAUUAUAAAACGGUGUCGCAAAAUAAGACGACUGCAACUGUAUCAUCACAAUCGGCAAUAGAAUUUCAAAACGGAACAGAAUGCGAUGAAAUCAUGGACCGGGUGCAAUCACAAACGGUGGGUAGGCACCACCGCACUGAGAAAAAAAUAAUUCAAUGCAGUAGGGAGCAGGCAACAAAUAUUUCGUUACUAGUAAUUGAACGCUACAUAAUUAAACAAACACAGAACCAGGUAGCAACAUUUUUAAGGGAUUAUAGAAAAUAGGUCAUAUGGAUGCUAAGAGAGGCGAAGUUACGAAGAGGAGUGGUAGUAGUAUCUUAUAUUUGAAUAUUAUCAUUAUAAAUAUUAUGUUACGCGUAUGUUAAAACAUCCCUUAAAUACAUCAACACAAUAAUAUUCGAAAAAGUAGUGGCAGUUUAGCUGAAAAACAUACCAAAUUUCGCGGCCGUUUUUGACAAGUCUGUGUGCCGUACCGUUUUUGUUUCGUUCAUAUAACCAACAGAAACCUCCCUGUCCCGGAAACUGCAGCUACUAUAUGGAAUGCACACAUUGCAUCAAAAGCAUUACGGGAGCAUUACCAGCAGCAUUUUUGACCGUUUACACACGCCGAAGAAGAUCAGACUACGUAGUCCGUCCUGAGGGGAGGAAAUACGAAAGACAAAAGCUCAUAACUAAACUAAAACGACAUACAAAUCUGCUGACUAUGCUGCAGGACUUUCGCAUUGAUCUCACACGAUUAGAAUGAUCGUACUAGAAAAGAAGGUCUUGAGAUGAUGGUCAGAUGUGUAGCAGGAAAUGUUUGUUUCUUUUCUUCCAACUUCUUACCUCACCGAAUGGUGUUCCUGGGAUCGAUCUGCCGAUUGUUGCGUUAGAUAAACAUGGAAUAUGAUUGCAUAGCUCAGUACAUAUUACUGCCGGUUUGCGUGAUGCGCAUUCAUGAAGAAUUAUCAUCAAUCUUGCCGUCAAAUGUUGACCGAUCGUGUCUUCGCUAGGUUUUAUCAUCAAAAUUUGUUAAUUUGAUUACAUAAAAACGGCAGAAAUAUAAUUGUUUUCCAAUCUAAGUGAAAGUUGUUACGCGGAAAAUUAGGGAUUUGUUUAUUCUAUCUCUUGCAGUAUUCUUGCUGAAAAGUGCGAAUGAACAAAAAAAAAAUGAUGUAACGCACUAACGACAGAACAAAAAAGCGCAUAGUUUGACAGAAAUAUUGAUGAUCUUUGAGAUUGCACAUCGUUUAAACCAGCAGUAAGACCUUUUGACUUUGGUGGCAACGCAUUUGUGAUGUCAAAUGGCAGUCGAAACUAUUUUUUCCUACGCGAUAAUCAACCUUUCCAUACAUUCUACAUAAUCAUAUUCUUCCAAAUCAGCCAUCAGCUAAAGGACACUCUAUAUUUCUCUUGCUGUAUAGCUUACGCAUUCGAUAAGAGUAUGUUUUGUGUGUGUCGGUGAUAACUGUUGAGAUAUACAGUCAGCAUGUUCGAAAAAAUCGUUUUUUUUUAAUUGUAUCGAUGACCAAUUUGCGGGGGCCUGGUGGUGUAUGUGAUAAACGGCACAGUUCCACACGACAGGACCGCGUAUGAAAUCCCAGUCUCCCCGUAGCAAGGACUGACUAUCCGGCUACGUGGUAAAAUAAUUCUAGUAAGCCAGAAAUGGUCGGCGUGACCUGUAAGGUCGUUAAAAGCCAAGAAGAGACUCUCUAAAGAGUAAACGGAUUGGACGGAUUCACUUGAAAUGUUCAUCAAAUAUUCUUCGAGCAAUUUACUCGGUUUUGUCUUAUAGUUCUGAAUCGAUUUCUCUUUCUUGUAUCGAAAAAAUAGCGAAUUCUCUAUCCAAAUUCGCCAUUUUGUCAUUAGAUAAGAGUUAUACGAUCAAAUUUUGGCAUUUUCUUUCGAAUUGUUUAAAUUCUUUAUAAUUUACAUUGUUUUUCACGAAACGCCAGUGGAUAAUCCAAUCCAAUCCAAAUCCAAUAUAUGUGAUGAUUUUUCUUUUAACAGAAAAAAAAAGAUCUUUUUAGCUCUUUUUAGCUUUUUAGCUUUGUAGCUCUAGAAAAAUAUAGAUAGAGUAAAUACAUACAUUUUGGUCUGUUCGUUUUGUAAUUCUUCCGGCAUGGGUUGUGCAUUUUUACUGCCAAUCUAAACAGGGUGAAUUUUUUAGAAAACAUAAACUCCUACAAUCAUAUGAUGGACGAAACGAAUGAGAUUUCGUAAUUGCGAUGGAAGGAAAAUUAGGUUCUUAGAGAAGAAAGUUGCUUUUCUCAGCGUCAUAAGGAAUUUACAAUAUGGAAACAUUCAUGUAUCACCUUCCUUUAUACUUACAUAUUCCACUGAACAAGCGUAAUGAACGAGUGCAAAUGUUGGAUAAAACCAACGCAUCACCUAUGAACUACCGCUCAGUUACACAGACCACCACCAGACAACCGUUUCCAUGUGGGUUACUAAACCACCUUCAUUAUUUUUUACUUCCUCGUGCUCGAUUACUCAUUGUGGAAGUGUCUCGGAAUACAUGCAUAAUCAUUUGUAAUAGAAGUAUUGCUGUAUAAAUGAGAUUGAAUAAAUAUUAUGAGAUCAUACAGGAGAUUUUCUUUAUUCAUUGGCAUUGCGUUGCUUUAGGAGGAUAUUCAGAUGAGUUGAUUAAAUAAAUAUUUGGUGUGGACAAGUGACAUCACUGUUUCUCUCGUCAUAUGCCAUUGUCAACGCCGUUUAGUCACGACCACAGCUCGGUUUAGUAGAAAAAGUUAUUCAUAUUAAUUGAUUUAUACCAUAAUGUCAUCUAUUAAGUUCCUUGCAGCAUACAUUCAAAAUAUCAUACACAAAACAACCACAUACCGAGUUUCAUAGCGAUAAACUGUAGGAGUAUAGUUUAUUUGAAUGAUUUCAUAAUGGGACUCAAACCUAAAUUGGAAAAUGGGCUGUAGUAUCGUACCCUUCACUAGAGGACAUCUGUGCCUCUGUGGUCGUUAAACAGUAAAACAGAUCAAGAUCGAAAAAAUUGAACAAACACCUGGUCAAAGUCAUCAUCAGUAAACGUGUGAAAAAUGUUCCAUUAUCAAACAAUUAGCUUAUUUUAUUCCCAAUUCACUUCGUUGAGGAAAUUUGUGCGACAAAUAAUGUUUUGUUGAAUAUUGUAGCAAUAUUAAGUGUGUAGGAAUAAAAUAUAUAAUUUCAGAAUUUGUUAUUCUAAUUAGACGGAUUCAACUUUGCUCAAUUACGAAAAGGUUUUCAAAUGUUAGUAAACAUUCACGUUUAAAUACGCAUUUGUGAAACUUUAUUUUGUAUAUACUAUCAUUUUUCAAAAUCUAUUCCAAUUUUUUUAUGAAAUACACUUAAUUACUACGUAGACACCACAAACUCGCUGUGGUGUUUACUUGCUGGAUUAGUAGGUUUGUCUUUUCACAAACAACGUCUCCGAGAUAGGAAAAGUUUUAGACGACUUGAAAGAUGCGGUCAUUUAUGGAUGAACGAUCUUUAUAGUAAUGCUUUGCUUUACAGAAAGAAGAACCACAGGUGUCUGUCCAUGUUGUCAGUGCAAAUCAAAAUCUUGACUAACUAGAACGGUUAUUUCAACUGGUUUCGAUUGAGAAUUAUCAAAGGUCCAGGUCCUAUAUUGAAUUCUAUCAUCGCCUUUCACUGGGCAUGCAAAAUUGAAUGAUGAUAACUGAGACUAGCAUGGAAAUGAGUCGUUCUGCUCCCUAAUCAUUUCAGGAUGUGGUUUUGGCAUUUAAUUUCUGAUUUUCCUUGACUUUAUUGGAUUCAUAAUUGGUUAGUCCUGACUUUAAGAAAACUUGUCCACAUUUGCGACAACUUGAUGACGUUGUUCUUUCUCUUUUUAAAAUUUGUCCAAAAGUAUCCAAUUGUCUACUUAACACCACUUUACUCCGGACUAUGCGUACAACUUGGUUCCAUAAAAUCGCAAGUGUAAAAUUUAUUGUACAUAAAUUUGUAUUAUUCGUAUGAAAGGAAUCUCAACCCUAAAGUAUCCAAAACGUUUCAAGGAAAGAAGAAAAAGAAAACACAUAUUUUUUUUUUUGAUGACCAAUGGUAACAAAAGCUGUCAUUUUCGAAAUGCAAAUAUUGUGUUGAAAACAAUUUGUUGUUAAUAUUCACUUGUCAGCAAGCGUUAAACGAAUGUGCUGUACCGCGUUGAAACAUUCUACAGCCCCAUUACGAAUCAUAUCCGCAUCGCAUUAACGUAAAACAAUAAUAAAAAAAUUUCAUCAUCGUUAAACCUUACCCACAUGUACAUGUAUGACCAAAUGAAAGCGCCGAAUAGCAGCCGAGCGUACUGUGAGCUGCUACAAUAUCCAUUUUGUCGAUGUAAACUUGCGCAAAUGAUUAGUGGCGGAAAACUCCCGAUAAACGUUGACCAUAGAUUUCACGUAGAACUUGCGUCCAACAAAGUCUAGCAGCAAGUCAGGACGUUUAGCAGUACCAGUACAUAUUGCAAACACAGAUAUUCAACAACAUCCAGCGUUUAAAGAUUAUUUAUGCAAAGCCUUCAAUCAUCAUCAAUCCUUUGCCCCGUAAAGCGAACAAUUUGCAAUAGAAUUUGUAUUUGGUUUGUGUUGGAGACAACAAGAAAACCAUACACAAAUAUAUUUCUGUUUGUAUAAAAAAAUACACAAAACCUAGAUUUAAUUUACUGUGAACUAGUAAUGUUUACUGCAUGUUUUUUCCGUGCCAAUACACCGUUUACGGCACACUUAUCCCAUGAUGUCACAUAAUCGAAGGGGAUGAAUGUUUUGUGUUAAUCAUUAGGAAACGCAUUAACAAAGGAACGAAAAAUGAAUAAGAACAAUUAAGUAAUUUAUACAACAAAAGAAAGAAAAAAAAACAAAACAAACAUAUAGUGAGUUAAACAAAACAAAACAUAAGGUUGAAAACUAUGAAGUAGCAAAUAAACUGUGUAAUUUUGAUAAAUAUUUCAAUGUGUACCGGCGCAUAAAUGAAGUCCGGCAGGUGUAUGUUGAACUUAAGGAACAAGUUGUAAAAGAUGUAGGUACCUAUUGACAACAGGGCUAUCUGUAGGGCGUCGGUAUACAUGGACGCUUGGUACAAUAAAGCAGCCGCUGCCAAGGUCAAGAAAGAUGUUGCACGAAAUUAAACAGCAAUGCUGAGACGGUGUAAGCCGGAGUAUAGCCGGAGAACCGCAUAAUGUAAUGCAAGGAUGCCGAAGUUGCCGAAGAAGUAGCGGAAACCAAGCAAAGUUAGUGAUGUAGGAUUUUCAAAGAAAUGUGAGCUAAAGCAAAAAUCGAAUAGAAAGCGGAAGCGAAGUUGGUUUACACUUUGUAUAAUUUUUGAACCAAUCAUAAAUAUUGUAAUUAUCGAGCGUUACACACAUACACACACAUUCAUACACAUAUUCGCAUAGACACCUAAAACUCACAUACACGAAACACGAAAGCUCACACAAAGUUACACAAAAGUUACACAGGUAGUAGGUGUGCACAUUCACCCACACAUCAUGCAACAGAUCAUGCAUAAUUAAAUUAGUUUUAUUGAAUCUUUCGAUCCCCUUAUAUCCCUCAUGGUUGCGCCCAAUGAUAAUGUGAGUUGAAAAAAAUAAACCAGAACAUCGUACACGAUCGCAAAGGGAAAAGAAUCGAGACUUGGAGAGGAAUAAAGAGCGGAGGUUGUUGGGUGACGAUUAGUUGAAGGCGCUAAUACGCACGAAAAAUGGUGACGCGCGAGAAUUAGAAAGACAAAAGGACAGACAGACGUCCCUCUCUGCAGCACUACUGUACGUCUCGCGGUGUAAAAAAGCCUAUCGUUAUCGGUGGCAAGAAAAAAGGAGAGAAUCGGUGUGAGACAUGUACCGAAAAUAAAAUAAGAAAUCGCGUGUGACGAUCAGUUCACACGCGCCGUCAAAUGAA